UCCUCCCUGUUGCCGCUGCUAGCCUCCCAACCUGCCGCUCUGUCCUGAAAGUUGAGACGUGGCCACGCCCCCCCGUGACUCUGAGGCUCAGCCAAUGAGAGGGCACGUUCUCGUUACGCCAUAGGUCAAGGGUUGCAUCGAUGGACGCGUCUCAAACGUAAACAGUCCUGUUUGUUUGGAGGGCAGCUGUGAGGUAUGAGGCUUUUAUCGAAGGCAGUGCAGUCUGUUGUGGGUCAGAGGGAGUGGACCCGCAGACACUUCUGGGGCUGGCUCAAUGCAGUCUUUAACAAGGUGGACUACGAAAGGAUCAAAGCUGUUGGUCCAGACCGAGCUGCAGCAGAGUGGCUGCUGAGAUGCGGUGCCAAAGUGAGGUUUCAAGGUUUCGAUCGCUGGCAACACGACUACAAUGGACUGCCAACUGGGCCUCUGGGCAGAUACAAGAUCCAGGCGAUAGACGCUACUGAAUCCUGCAUCAUGUACAGAGGCUUUGACCACCUGGAUGGAUUGAAACAUGUGGAGGAAAUCAAGUUGAACAAGUGUAUCUACAUCGAGGACACCUGCCUGGAGAGGCUGAGCUCAGUAGAGAAUCUGCAGGAGAGCUUGAAGACGAUGGAGGUGGUCUCGUGUGGGAAUGUAACCGACAAAGGCAUCAUCGCCCUGCACAGACUAAGGAAUAUGGAGAAUCUGUUUCUCAGUGAUCUUCCCGGAAUCAAAGACAAACAAACGACAGUUGACAGACUACAGACGGCACUCCCACGUCUGGACAUAACGCUGGACCUGGACUGAUUGAGAAACAACUUCGUGUCAUAAUUGUAAAAUACAGAGGCCUUUUUCAAAA